GAAACAAGAAAGAUUUUCUUUAAAAGGGUUAUCAAAUGUCUGUGAGUGGGGAAGUCCUAGAUAAAAAGGCAUAGUAAAACUAUAGAGAGAAACAAGCCAACCUAUGCUUUAUUCUUAUUGCCUCUCUGGUCAGGUAUUCCAUUCUCUAUUUUGACGCCACCCAGCAAAAACACCAUCUCCCCUCUUAACUUUAUUUGGAGAAAAGGUGGAGCUGUGUAUCUUGCAGAUGUGAAUUCUAUUUCUGAUGUUUAAUGAAGGAAAACAUGGAGGAUGGGGAGAUAGAGCUUUCUGACCAUGUCCUACUAUCAAACACUGCUCCAUCCACCAAUUUUCAAGAUUCAACAUCUGUAGAUUUAAUCAUUGAUGAAUACUUGAAGAAUACCAGAACAUGUAGUCACACUCACACUUGUAAUCCACCCGGCCCUGAUGUUGCACAUUCACAUACAUGCUACCAUACGCAUACCCAACUUCUUACAUCUGAAGAUGAUGAUUACCACAACAAUAAAGCCAGCUCUGGUUUGAAUUUGAAACCAAGAAGGUCUUUGGGGAACAGAGAAGCAGUUCGGAAAUAUAGAGAGAAAAAGAAGGCACACACUGCUUAUCUUGAAGAGGAAGUGAAGAAAUUGCGAUUACUGAACCAGCAACUUGUUAGAAAAUUACAAGGACAGACCAUCCUUGAAGCAGAGGUUUUGAGGCUGCGAAGCCUUUUGGUAGGCAUUAGAGCAAAGGUUGAUAGCGAGUUGGGUGUUUUCCCCUUCCACAAACAGUGUGCCAAUGCCACUAUUUUGAAGGAAGGUGAUUGCGGGGUGCAGUCCAUUGGUGAUACAAUUAGUCUACAAUGUCAGACCGAUUUGCCAUGCUUCCAUCCACAUCCAGGUUCAUUAUCAUCACAUGCCAGCAUUGGUGGAAGUGAGAAAGUGAGCAUAUCCUUGGAAGGAAAUUGUCAGCCUGCAACUGUGAACUGUCAAGCUAAUGAACAUAAUUCAGAUGACCAGUGUUGAAGGUCAUCCAAAUGAAAACAGCUGAACCCUGGUGUCAUCUCAUGUGCAUCUCAAGCUGGAGAACAAGUGCAAGGAAAGAAACCAUUUGUAAGUUGCCCUAUACUUGAUCUCGGUGUAGUGUAAAAGUCUGUCCAAGUGUAUCACAGCAUGCUCGUCGAGCAAACCAAAUAUUACAUAUAGACUCUGGUAUAUAUAUACAGAAUAACGACAAUAUAAGGAGUGUAUAUCAGGUUAUGUAUGUUAGGCGAAUAGAACUUUAGUCUGACAGAACCAUGUGCUCUAGACAUAUUUUAUAUCGUCUUGUCUUGAUCUCUAAGCGGCUUAUAUGAUGCUAGUACUAGCAUGUAAAUAGAAUCGUCCUCUUGCAGCUUUA